UUAUUUCCUUUAGACCUCGGAGGAAAGACUGAACUACAUAAUGCUACAAGAAACUUGUGAGACAGAAUCGGUCUCUAAGGCUCAGCAAUGAACACAAAUAUAUGGCUUCUCUGAAGAAGUCAAACGAAAAGCAGUGGGCACCGAGAACAAAAGGAAGAUCAGUGUGUCCAGUUCUGUGACAGUAAUACAGAAGCUGUAAAACUCAAGAGACAAACUAAAAUCAGCACUAAAACAAGGAUAUUGGAUAUACAGUUUACAUGCUCUUUUAUGAAAUUAUUGCUAGGGUGUAAAAAAGAAAAACUGCUUUCGUUUUGGAGCUACUGACAUAAAUGAACAAGGAAAAUCCAAUGAAGUGGAACAAUGUACUUUGAAAAACAAACCAAAGGAGCCUUAAACAUAAAUCAAAAGUAUGUGGCCAGUCUCUCCAGUUGAGAAAGGCAAGCAGGAGUUGCACCAAGUAAGCACAAGCUUGUUGAUAUCUGCAGCCUGACACUGACUGGACUUACUGAUCCUCGGCUGGUAAGUGGUCCUUUUUAUGCAUUUAUUUUUCAUGGAAAAAAAAAAAAAAAAAAAAAAAGGAGAAAGUGACAAUAUUUGGAAAACUACACUGUGGCUGAGUGAAAAACAUGGGAGACAGUGGUACCAAUAACUCCUGCCACACAGAUGACAGUUUUAAGUAUAUACUGUAUGGCUGGGUGUUCAGUAUGGUGUUUAUUCUGGGACUAAUAUCCAAUAUGGUGGCCAUGUAUAUAUUCUCCUGUUCACUAAAAACGUGGAAUGAGACUACAACAUACAUGAUGAACUUAGUCAUAUCUGACCUCCUUUUUGUUCUGACUCUGCCUUUUCGGAUCUUCUAUUUUGUCACACGGGACUGGCCCUUUGGAGAUAUUGCGUGUAAGUUAUCGGUUUCUCUCUUCUACACCAAUAUGUAUGGGAGCAUGCUCUUCUUAACCUGCAUCAGCGUGGACCGUUUUUUGGCCAUUGUGCAUCCGUUCCGCUCUCGCAUGUGGCGCAAUAGGCGCAGUGCCAAAAUAAUUUGCUUUGCCGUCUGGAUACUGGUACUUGCUGGAAGCAUCCCAGCAGGAUUUCUACUGCAACCCAGGUAUAAAAAUGAGUCAAGUGUGUCGAGGCUGUGCUUUGAAAACUUCUCACAAAAUGUCUGGAAAGACUACUUAUCUAAAAUAGUGAUUUUUAUAGAGACAGUGGGCUUUUUUAUCCCCCUCAUCCUCAAUGUAAGCUGCUCUACAAUGGUCCUUCAAACUCUGCGCAGACCAAGGACUCUGAAUCGGAGCAAGAUGAACAAAAAAAAGAUUCUACGCAUGAUUAUGGUUCACCUCUUCAUUUUCUGUUUUUGCUUUGUGCCUUAUAACAUAAACCUGGUUUUUUAUGCCCUUGUCAGAACACAGAAGCUCAAAGGCUGCUCAGUAGUGGCAGUUGUAAAGACCAUGUAUCCUGUGACUCUCUGUAUUGCUGUAACUAACUGCUGCUUUGACCCCAUCGUUUACUAUUUUACAUCAGAGACGAUUCAAAACUCAAUUAAGCGCAAGUCAACAACUUGUAAAUCAACAGACACAAGAUUUUCAGAGGCCCUACCACCAGAGAGCUCUCUUCAGCAAAGUCUCCGUAGCCUCAAGGCAAAAGUGUUUCAGACACAAUCAACUGUUAAGACAAAUGCUGCUGUUCUGUUGGAAAGCUGCAAAGAAAAGGAAAUUUCAAACCAACAGGAUUAAAACCGGAAACAUUUUCUUAGGGGUUUGAGAAACAAAAAAAAAAAAGUAAGAAAAGCUAAAAGCAAAAUGAACAAGGGCAGUGCUUCACUCAAGGAGUGGC